AUGGCUGCAGUGGCUACACAACCACCUGCUGCGAAUGGCCAUGCUAUAAACGGGGACUCUGAUAUGCAGAGCGCCCCAGUGACGGGCUCGUUGAGGUUCUCGACUGGCCUCAUCUUGCCUCCACCCGAAAUAAAAUCUGUCAUCGACAGAACAGCGACUUUCGUUGCGCGUUCUGCCAACCCACCCCAAUUCGAAGAAAAGAUUCGGGAGGGUCAACGCGCGGACCCCAAAUUCUCUUUCCUCAACCCACUAGACCCCUACCAUGCCUAUUAUCGACAUAAAGUGGAAAGAGUUACCGCCGGAGAGACCGAAGAGGAGACUUCUGCCCAGAAGGCUUCUGGAGAGGAAACGGAGGCUAAACAACCGGUUGAUGUCGGUGUCGAACCUCCUACACCAGAGUUUAUCCUCGAACUACCCAACAUCAGUGGCAUCGAUUUGGAUAUCAUGAAGCUCACUGCCUUGUUCACCGCACGUCGUGGGCGUGGUUUCCUCGCAGCCCUCUCCGAGAAAGAAGGUCGCAACUAUCAAUUCGAUUUCCUUCGCCCCACACACUCAUUAUUUGGCUACUUUAAUCAACUCGUUGAUCAGUACAACAAGGUCCUCCAUCCCGAUAAAGAACGGCUCGACCAGCUGAAGGGACGGUUAGCCGAAGGCGCACGAUGGACAAUGUUGGAACAAGGUCGCAAACAUGGUGUAUGGGAGAGGACUCGACGUGAAAGAGAAAAGAAGAGACAGGAUGACCAAGAGGCUGAGCGAAUUGCUUUCGCUGAAAUCGACUGGCACGAUUAUGCAAUUGUACAGACGAUUGAAUUCACUGCUGCGGAUGCAAACGCAGAACUACCACCUCCCAUGAGCGUACAGGAAGUCGAAAGUAUGACGCUUGCUCAGAAGAGGAUGGCAGCCAUGAUCAUGGAGAAUACGGCCGAGGAUAUCGAAGCACACAAGGCUCGACAAGCUGCGGCGGAAGCAGAAGCGGCUAAGGCCGUUGGCACAGUUGGUGCAUCUCAAGAUGAAGAUGGUGAUGCUGCUAUGGAGGAGAGUGACGAUGAAGAUGAUGCUGCCAAGCAGGAGGAAGCUCGCCAACGAGAAAUUGCUAGGGCACAAGCAAUGCAGGCCAUGCCUUCAACUGCUGGGCCGAUGAAGAUUCGCACAGACUAUGUUCCCAAGCUCGGAGCCAACAAAGGCAAAACAGCCACGACGACAUGUUCUAUUUGCGGGCAGCAAAUCCCUGUGGAUGAGUUGCAAGAACACAUGCGAAUCGAGUUGCUCGAUCCCAAGUGGAAGGAGCAACGAGACGCGUUGGAGGCUCGCAAGGCUCAAGCAUCCGAAUUGCAACGUGGUGCCAAUGUUGUUUCAUCGCUCAAGAACCUCGCCCGUACUCGUGUCGAUAUCUUCGGUACUGAAACCGAUGAGGAACGCAGGAAACGGGAGGAGGAAGAAGAGCGAUUGAGGAGACGGGAACGAGAAAAGGUUGUUUGGGACGGUCACACAGCUUCCAAAGCCAACACUCUGGACAAAUUCUCCACGAACGUCAAUUUCGACGAGCAAAUCGCUGCUAUCCAUCGUGCAAAGGGUCUUGGACCGCAAGAUGCAAAUGCUAUUGGUCCAGGAAUUGGACCAGCUGCUGUUCCCCCUCCACUUACCGCUGUGGCUUCUGGCUCUGCUUCUAUACCAGCACCACCGCAGCCUGCUGCAGCUUCUGGAGCGUUUGCAGCAGCAACUGUGUCUUCCGGUCCUCAGCCUGCAUCAGCGUACACUCCUGCUCCUGUGAUGCUUCCGCCUCUGCGGUACCAGGGCCUCAACCCACCUCAGCCGUAUGGAUACCAAGCCCCGGGAGUUAUGCCCGGGAUGCCUGGUUAUGGUGUCCCCGUUCAGGCAGGGAUGGUCCGCUCUGCCGAGGAAAUGGAAGCCAGCGAUAUGCCCCCUGCCAAACGACAGCGUGUCGCCAAGCUUCCCGGCGGUGCUUUGUACCCUGAAGAAGAUUGGAUUGCCAUGCACCCUCACCCCAUUUCAUUGCGUGUCCAACUACCCAAUGAGCCUUCCAAACCUGAGUGGAAGCUUGACGGUUCGACAAUCACUCUGCCUGAACUACCACUGAAUCUGUUGGUCUCCACGUUGCGUGAUCGGAUUCUUCUGCACACAGGUAGUUCGAUCUCAAUGUCUCGGUUCCGACUUACCUAUGAGGGUAAAUUGCUCACCAACUCGAGCACGAUUGCUGCGUACAAUCUGGAGGAUGAGGAUCUUAUCGUCAUGAGCUUGAAAGAAGUGACGAAGAAGAAGUAG